AACAAUUCUAAAAACAGAAAAGUGAAAUUAGUUAAAAUGUCUUCCACUAACUCAAAGACAAGAAGAAUUAGCCUUGAAAGGCUGAACAAGAGGAGAAUGAGCCUCCCAGUUCUCCCAACAUCUGAGUCACUGGUCCCAGUCAAGACCAAAAAAGGAGUACACUUUCCUCUAGGAGUGUUAAUGCAGCAAGCAGUCACUAAUGGAGAUCUAAAAGAAAUUAAGCAAUUGGUGAAAGACUUUGGGCCUGAGGCUAUGAAUGAGAAAGAACCCAGUGGCCUUCCUCCAGUCAUGAGAGCCAUUUUCGAAGGGCAGCUCGACUCCCUGCAAAUGCUAAUUAAUGCUGGAGCAGAUGUCUCAGUCCGUGAUCUAGAAGACUGGAACGUACUCCAUGUGGCAGCUGCAAUGGACGAUUACAAAGCAGCCGAGCUGAUAAUCUGCUCUUGCAAAGAUAUUGACACAAUGUUGCACUCAGAGAACAUGGCUGGGGAGAGACCUAUCGAUCUCGCUGAGAACAUUGAAAUGGCAAGGCUACUACUAGAUGCUAACUUGACACACUUCAAAAGAGAAUUGGAAAAUCAAGUGACCAAAUCAUCUACAACUGAUUCAUCGAUUGAAAGUGAAGAUUCUGUGAUCCAGCUCGUUCAAGACUACUACAGAAAGCACAAUGAAUGUCACUCUUUGAACACUUUCUUAAAGAACAAUACUCCAUAUUGCUCACUACUGCAUCUAGCAGCUACAAAGAACUAUGCAAAAUUAACAGAACUUGUAUGUGCAUCGCAUCUGAUAUCGACUGAAACUCGAGACAAGAAUGGCUGGACUCCUCUACAUGUGGCCACAUAUUUCAACAACAUCGAAGUGGUCCUAGUACUGAUUGGACACAAAGCGAACACUAAUGCACUCACUAACUCAUUCGAGAAAGCUACUGACCUCAGUCAUCACGAACUUAUUCUGUCAGUAUUGAGCACUCGCACACUUCCUCAUAAUCACAUGAAUUCUCUCAUUGCAACUCAGUAAUAAUUAUUUAUUUUUCACCUGUUUGUGUGUUUCUUUGUGUUUGUACAAUGUGAUUUCAUACAAAUGAAGAAUGGUGAGACUAUAAGCUACCAAUAGUUUAAUUGAGUAUUUGAAGGUUAUUCAGAGGCAUACUCAUAGCCUUACGGCCUGCUAGUGCUGAAAGCCUGAAAGCCAUAAUUAUUGUGGUUGGUUUAAUCAUAAUGGUUUAAUUGUUUUGCCUGGCAUAUAUUGACAAAGUAGAUGUGUUGAUCAGCUAGUUUUGUAAUGUAGCAGCAUAGACGCUAGUAUCUAAGUAUCUAUGGUGUCAGUGCAGCAGAGAAGGGAGGACACAAUUAACCUUAGCCACUAAUAAUUAUAAUAUUAUUAUGACAAUUUACUUCAUCCUUUUUUUCUUUAAUACUCCGUAUUAAACUGUAACAGAGAGAAAAUCGUUUAGGUCAUAAUUAUUACCUAAGGUUAACUGACAGUGCAGAUUCAGUGCAAAGUACAUAUCCUGGCAUGAGACUCAGAGGAGGUGGGAAGCACUUGACCUUAUAUAGUUAACUUGAUUAAGGUCAUUAAUUGCUACCUUCUCUUUCUUGCUGAGUUUAGUUCUGUAUGUCCUCGAGACCAGCUAGCUUUGUGUUAACCUCUAGACUGACAAGCCGCUCAGGUAUCGAGGCUAGCUCUAGUCUCGUAGACCAGCCUAUAUUUCAGGGUCGGGUCCGUGAGACUAACUAGGCUAGCUUAAUUAACAGCAUUGUAUCUUCCGCUUUUGAGCAAAAUUGGCGAAAAUAAAACCCAACUGAAAAAUAAAGUUUUAAGCUUAGGCCCUACAGACACUAAAAACUCGGCUAGAAGAAGUACUAUAAUUAUGUACAAGAAAACCAAUAAUUAUUAGUUAAUUAGUGCUUCUGGAAAAUAUGGGAGUGGUUAGCGAGUCUACUUCCUGACCACUGCAAUUAUAAAAAGGGCUCUUUCGCUGCAGUCAACACAUCUGAACAACAAUUCUGAAAACAGAAAAAGCCAAACUAAUGUCUUCCAAUGACUCAAAGACAAGAAGAAUUAGCCUUGAAAGGCUAAACAAGAGGAGAAUGAGCCUCCCAGUUCUCUCAACAUCUGAGUCACUGGUCCCAGUCGAAGAAAAGAAGACCAAGAAAGGAGUACACUUUCCUCUAGGAGUGUUAAUCCAGCAAGCAGUCACUAAUGGAGAUCUAAAAGAAAUCAAGCAAUUGGUGAAAGACUUUGGGCCUGAGGCUAUGAAUGAGAAAGAACCCAGUGGCCUUCCUCCAGUCAUGAGAGCCAUUUUCGAAGGGCAGCUCAACUCCCUGCAAAUGCUAAUUAAUGCUGGAGCAGAUGUCUCAGUUCGUGAUCCAGAAGACUGGAACGUACUCCAUGUUGCAGCUGCAAUGGACGAUUACGAAGCAGCCGAGUUGAUAAUCUGCUCUUGCAAAGAUAUUGACACAAUGUUGCACUCAGAGAACAUGGCUGGGGAGAUACCUAUCGAUCUCGCUGAGAACAUUGAAAUGGCAAGGCUACUACUAGAUGCUAACUUGACACGCUUCAGAAGAGAAUUGGAAAAUCAAGUGACUAAAUCAUCCACAACUGAUUCAUCGAUUGAAAGUGAAGAUUCUGUGAUCCAGCUCGUUCAAGACUACUACAGAAAGCACAAUGAAUGUCACUCUUUGAACACUUUCCUAAAGAACAAUACUCCAUAUUGCUCACUACUGCAUCUAGCAGCUACAAAGAACUAUGCAAAAUUAACAGAACUUGUAUGUGCAUCGCAUCUGAUAUCGACUGAAACUCGAGACAAGAAUGGCUGGACUCCUCUACAUGUGGCCACAUAUUUCAACAACAUCGAAGUGGUCCUAGUACUGAUUGGACACAAAGCGAACACUAAUGCACUCACUAACUCAUUCGAGAAGGCUACAGACCUCAGUCAUCACGAACUUAUUCUGUCAGUAUUGAGCACUCGCACACAUCAUCAUAAUCACAUGAAUUCUCUCAUUGCAACUCUGUAAUAAUUGUUUACUUUUCACCUGUUUGUGUGUUUGUAAUGUGAUUUGAAACGUUUAAAAAUG